AUGUCGUCCUCCCUCCAGCUCUCCACCACCGUCGGAUCGAUGGCUUCAUCGUCAUCCGCCUCUGCUCCCGUAGGGAUCGCCCCCACGCCCGCAGUCCGGCUGGAGGUAGGGAACUUCAACCUCUGGAAGGGCAUCCUCCUUCCCAAUCUCGCAGGUGCCGGUCUUCAUCGCCACCUUGACGCAACCGUCACAGCGCCAGCGAAGACCAUCACCACAGGAGAUGGUGACAAGGCCACUACGGUGGCCAACCCCGAGUAUGAGCGCUGGUGGAUCCAGGACCAGCGCGUCAUCGGGCUUCUUCUCAGCUCCAUGGAGCCCGACAUCGCCAACCAACUCAUUGGUCGCGUGACCGCCGCCUCUGUCUGGAAGAGCGUCCAUGAUCUGUACGGCGCGCAGAGUCGCGCCAAUGUGCGCCACAUCCGUCGCCAGCUUGUGUCGACGCGCAAGGAAGACCUCUCCGCCGCCGCGUACAUGCAGAAGAUGAAGGCUUUGGCCGAUGCUAUGGCUGUUGCUGGUGUUCCCAUCACCGACGACGAGCUCAUUGACUACAUCGUCAUCAGGCUCGGUUCUACCUACAACGCCGUCACCGCACCGCUCACCCUCGGCAACAGCACCGAGGCGAUCUCCUAUGCGACGUUCUACUCGAACGUGCUCUCCUUCGAGUCCCUCCAAGCACAGCAGGCACACGCCGAAGGCUGGACCUCCUCGGUCAAUACGGCCAUGCGCCCUAACCCUGCCUUCCAAGGCGGUGGAUCUUCCACUCGUCCCUUCGGCAAUGAUGGCCAGCAGGGGCAGCCCCGCGGCGGCGGCAGCAGAAACGGCGGCUACGGCCGCAAUGAUAGUGGUGGCUACGGCCGCAAUGAUGGUGGCAACUUCGGUGGUCGCAAUGACGGCCGCACUGGUGGAGGCAAUGGUGGAGGCAAUGGUGGCGGCUGGAAUGACGGCCGCAACAACAACAACCGCAAUGGCGGUGGGAACGGUCAGUAG